AAGAAGCAGAUCACUAUGAUGCAAGGGGCACUGUUUCUGUUGAUAGCCUCUCUAGCGGGUAUUCACGCCGCAUCUUUGGAUAAUGCCAACAUAACCGUAACCGUUGUAGAGAUUUGUUCUUUCGACUCGUGCCGAAAGGGAGAAGUCUGUCAGGACUUGGACCAAGGCGGGUUUGUGUGUAUAUGCGACCCAGCGGCAGUUGACGCGCAGUGCAGCAUCCGGCUGACCUGUACCUCCACCUGGGACACCGUCUGUAAGAGCAAUUUCGGAACUGAAGCUUGUAGUGUGUGGUGUCCACCAGACUGCCUGGCUGCCGACGGUGUCGACAUCUGGGGGACAGGCAUUUAUACAGGGGAUUCCUCUAUAUGCCGAGCAGCUAUUCACGACGGGAAAAUGAAGGGCGCCAAUGGCGGCGCCUUCGUUUUGGGAUACUUGCCAGGACAGGACUCUUAUGAAUCCUCUCUCCAGAACGGCAUUCCGAGCACUGGUUACGGCGCAUGGGAUGAAUCAUUCCAUUUCGUUGAGCCUGGCUGCUCUGAUGACACCUGUCCUUUCGGGGAACGCUGUAAACCUUUGUCACAAGAAAACACUGUGUGUCUCUGCAACUCCACCCACGCCCACGACGCGUGUUACGUUCCCUUGGAUUGUACAUCGGACUGGGAGACUGCCUGCAGCCCAUUGGUUGGAAAAGGACCUUGUAGGGUAUGGUGCCCCUCCGGGUGUCUGAGCAUAUCUGCUGCUGUGUGGGGAUCAGGCGUAUACACAGGGGAUUCCAGCAUUUGCCGUGCGGGUCUUCAUGACGGUCGUCUCGCGCCAUCUGGCGGCGUUUUAACCGUUGGGUACGUUCCUGGGAAAGAGGCCUUCAUCAGUGUGGCUCAGAACGGGGUCAACAGUAUCUCGUAUGGUAGCUACGACACCGCCUUCAACUUCCUGAAGGAAGUCAAACCCACGGAGGGCACCCUCAUAGGCUGAAUAUAUGUUCGGUAGCAAUGUCUUGUCUUUUAAAGCAUAUAUAUAUAUAUAUAUAUAUAUAUAUAUAUAUAUAUAUAUAUCAAAGUCUAUCAAAAGCAUCAUGUUUGAUAUUGCUAAGUGACAGUUGUAAGGACAGAAAAGAAGUGUGGGUUGAUAUUUCCAUGGGAAACUUUUGAACUUAGGAAUAAAGCGGAUGUAUUAUUAUGCACAUUUGUUAAACAUUCCUUUUUUUUUUUGUUGUUGUCGGGUAACCAUUUGAAGAGCAUUCUAGGUAUUCAAUAUUGUAAAAGAAAUAUUCGCGCUGAAUUUAAUUUUCCUCAGAUAUUUCUUCUUACUCAAGAACCGUUGCUCACACGGCAUUGCACUUGGUACAUGUUGUAUUUAUGUUUUGUACUAUUCACCAGUCACAUAACCUUCUUCUUAUCCAAUUAUAAUUCAUUUAAUACGCCUUGUCUUGCAUAGACUUCAGGCACUUAUACUGUAUUUAAAAUGUUUUAUCAUUUUAGAUCUGACUUUGGGAAGAUAAGCUAAGAGAGAUUUAAUUUUGACAGAAAAUAUAGCUUUAGGACGUCUUAAACACAUUCAUGUUAUAUUGACGCGUACGUGUAUAUUGCCGGCGACUUUUUCCUUUUUUAUUUUUCAAGUUCAUUCUAUUUUAUUUUUUAUUUUAUUUUAUUUAUUUUUUGUUAUUAGAAAGCCUUCUUUAUGUUUGCGAUAACAUGCAGUGAACUUUGCUAUAUUUUGUCUGACCGUUUCAUUUUGACAUUUAACCUCAAUCAGCUUACUGUUACUCAUAAAAAUCAAAGUUUUCUCAAAACAGGCACAAUUCGGAAUUAUUUAAGAGACUGAAAACGCGUUAUACACGUUUUUUAAAAGAUUUUACAUGAAACGCA